UCCAACAACAUACUUCAUUUCUUUUAUUUCGGUCAUUUCAGUUUGUCAGGAAACAAUAAGUAAGUUUUGUCUGUCUAUAAAUGGAUUUAGUUUUAUUAUCAACUGGCAAGAAAUUUGAUCGACAUUACAAGAAGUUAGGGAAAUGCCCGUUUCUUGAAAGAAAUGAGUUACCUAAAGAAAACGAAUCUGACGGUGCUGUUGCUGCUAAUCAAACUACUUUAAGUCGAGAAGACAAGUCGGUGGUUUCAUUAGGAGCAUCAUUGCCACUCAGACAAAACGAUUUGGAGAAAGGGGAAUCGGAUUUUCAUGUUGUAAAUAAAAAUUCUGUGGAGGAUCCAUAUUUGGUGACCUGGGAUAGUGUAGAUGAUUCUAUGAACCCUUCCAACUGGACCAUGGCUAGAAAGUGGUGGAUUAUUAUUCAGACUUCUAUUAUUACGAUUGUUGUAACAUUUGGUUCCAGUAUCUAUUCGAGUGGCGUUGAGCAAGCUGCUCAUGAGCUCCAUGCGUCUGUACCCGUGUCCACCGUUGGCUCUUGUACGUUUUUGGUAGGUUUCGGUUUUGGCUCACUUCCUUUUGCUCCAUUAAGUGGUAUUUAUGGAAGAUUCAUCGUAUACUUCCUCACCUUACUGUUGUUCACUAUUUUCCAAAUUGGUGGAGGAUGCGCCCAAAAUAUUUGGACUAUUUGUAUUCUUAGGUUUUUCCAAGGCGUGUUCGGAAGUACCCCUCUUGCGAACGCAGGUGGUACGAUCAGCGAUAUGUUUAAUCCAAUUCAGCGUACUUAUGUCCUUCCAGGGUUUUGUACUUUCCCGUAUUUAGGUCCGAUUAUUGGUCCUAUUAUGGGUGACUUUAUAGUACAAAGUUACUUGGGUUGGCGUUGGCUAUUUUGGAUUAACAUGAUUUGGGCUGCAGGUACCUUAGCGCUUAUUUUCUUUUUAUUUCCUGAAACGCAUGGUGAAACAAUUCUUGACUAUAAAGCUCGAUACCUACGUAAGGUUACCGGAAAUCCCGCCUAUUAUACAAUUCAUGAGCGAGAACGAGACCCAAAAAAUGCAAUUUUCAAAGCGGCUACCCAGUCAGUUUCCCUUUUUUUAACUGAGCCGAUUGUUGUUUGCUUUACUCUCUAUCUCACAGUCGUCUACAUAAUUAACUACAUUAAUUUUGAGGGAUAUCCAAUAAUUUAUUCCAAAUAUGGAUUUAAUUAUGGAGAGUUAGGUCUGUCAUUUAUUGCGGUCGGUGUUGGUAUUGUAGUUGCCGGCCUUCUGACUCCUUUAACUUAUAAACAGUACCUCUGGGCUUACAGAAGGAGAGGUAAUGUUAUGUGUCCUGAAGAUCGGCUGUAUCCCCUUUUCAUUGGCGCUUUUGUCCUUCCUAUAAGUAUGUUUUGGUUGGCUUGGACUUGUUAUGCUGACCGUAUUCAUUGGAUUGUACCUAUGAUAGCUAGCAGCUUUUUCGGUUUCGCUUUGCUGAUUGUAUUUUUUGUUUCGUACAAUUACAUUAUUGAUUCAUAUCAGCACAUUGCUCCUAGUGCACUUGCCGCAGCGACCGUGGUACGUUACUGUGCUAGUGGAGGUGUGACACUUGCAGCACGGCCAAUGUACCUUAACUUGGGGGAUCAUUGGGCCACCAGUGUCUUAGGAUUUAUUUCAGUAGCAAUGGUGCCCAUUCCCUUUAUCUUUUAUAAAUAUGGAAAACAUAUUCGUGCUUGGAGUACACAUGCUUACAAGCUAUAGGGUAUUGGUUUAUCGGUUAGGGUUUUUCGUGUCUUAUAAUUCAUACACUGUCUUAAACAGUAUAGAUUUAUCAUACAACAAGGAAACUGUUAAACAUAGAGUUGAAAGAAGACAAAUUUGGUUAGUUUAGAUAGACUGUGCUACCAAGUAUAAAUUUUGCAGAAAACAUCAGUCAGAUCUUCAGAUUGGAAGAGUUGACUGAUCUGGCUAAAUGCAGGGUACAUAGAUUAUUUAAUGAAACAGAUCUUUAAGGCUA